GGCACCUCUGUGCACCUUUCAUCCAAGCUUCUCAAUACUGCCCCUGCAGCCAUAAGAAGUUAAAUCAAAUAUUUUUUCUCUGAGAAAUUGUAUUAGGAUGACAUAAUAUAAUUUCCCAUUCUUUUGGAGCAUACAAUAAAUCUCAAUAUUUGUAUGAUUUAUUUGAUGCAGUCUUUUUUGCUCAUCUUUAUCAACGCUUCCAAUAAUUUCAGACUCAUCAUAGAGCCUCCAUAUACACUUUCUUUCUCAGGAGCCUGGGCCCAGACAGUUACCCAGAAACCUGAUGAGGUUGUGUAUAAACUGGCUCAGAAUGCCUCAAUGGACUGCCAGUUCAUCCACACUCCAGACCAGCAGGUGGCAAAGAAUCCCAUUCUCUACUGGCAUAAAAUUACAAGUUUGACCCAAAUGACAAGACUGUGGCCUGACUCAGAGUCACCGUACAAGGGUCGUGUGGAGGUUCUGGACAGUGACCACAACUCACCGAACAGAUCUGUACUUCUGAAGAAUGUCCAGUGGGAGGAUAGCAGUGGAAAGUAUGAGUGUAAACUGUCUUAUAGGGCCGCCAAACAAGAUAAGAGGACGAAAGGGAGCGGCGUUAAGCUGUUGAUACAUGAUUCGAUGUUCUUUGGGCUUGACCCUGAGAAUAAGACCCAACUCAUGUGUGCUGUGAAUGUUUCCCGGGAUGAUGGGUUUUUCUUAUCCUUGCUACAAGACGGAUCUAAAGUAUUCCAAAAGUCCAUUGAUCCUCUUCACCCCAGCAUGUCACUGUCUGUUACCCUGUCUGUGAUCCUUCCCUUGGAGAAGGGAAAGAAUUAUGAGUGUCAAAUCCACCUGGGCUCCACUAUGAUAAUGAGCCAGCCCUUCGAACAGCCGCUUGAGACGCCAGUAGAGAAGGUGCUUCCUGAACCAGUUUUCCUGUUUGUGGCCAUCCUCCUGGUCCCCAUCACCGUGCUUCUGACUCUGCUCACAGCCCUUCUUGUUCUAAGCAGAUAAGACAGGAGAUAGUAAGACUGACAAUGCCAGAUAUACAGUGCAUUCAGAACGUUUUUAUUUUAUUUCACCUUUAUUUAACCAGGUAGGCUAGUUGAGAACAAGUUCUCAUUUGCAACUGUGACCUGGCCAAGAUAAAGCGUAGCAAUUCGACACAUAAAACAACACAGAGUUACGCAUGGAAUAAACAAAACAUACAGUAAAUAAUACAGUAGAAAAAAAUAAAACAAAAGUCUAUAUACAGUGAGUGCAAAUGAGGUAAGAUAAGGGAGUUAAGGUAAUAAAUAGGCCAUGGUGGCGAAGUAAUUACAAUAUAUAAAUUAAACACUGGAAUGGUAGAUGUGCAGAAGAUGAAUGUGCAAGUAGUGAUACUGGGGCGCAAAGGAGCAAGAUAAAUACAUAAAUACAGUAUGGGGAUGAGGUAGAUAGAUGGGCUGUUUACAGAUGGGCUAUGUACAGGUGCAGUGAUCUGUAAGCUGCUCUGACAGCUGGUGCUUAAAGCAAGUGAGGGAGAUGUGAGUCUCCAGCUUCAGUGAUUUUUGCAGUUCAUUCCAGUCAUUAACAACAGAGAACUGGAAGAAAAGGUGACCAAAGGAGGAAUUGGCUUUGGGGGUGACCAGUGAGAUAUACCUGCUGGAGCGCUUGCUACGAGUGGGUGCUGCUAUGGUGAACAGUGAGCUGAGAUAAGGUGGGGCUUUACCUAGCAGAGACUUGUAGAUGACCUGUAGCCAGUGUGUUUGGCGACGAGUAUGAAGCGAGGGCCAACCUACAAGCGUACAGGUCGCAGUGGUGGGUAGUAUAUGGGGCUUUGGUGACAAAACGGAUGGCACUGUGAUGGACGGCAUCCAAUUUGUUGAGUAGGGUGUUGGAGGCUAUUUUAUAGAUGACAUUGCCGAAGUCGAGGAUCGGUAGGAUGGUCAGUUUUACGAGGGUAUGUUUGGCAGCAUGAGUGAAGGAUGCUUUGUUGCGACAUAGGAAGCCGAUUCUAGAUUUAAUUUUGGAUUGGUGAAAGUGAAAACAGGUUUUUUUGUGCAAAUGUAUUAAAAAUUAAAAAACUGAAUAUUGCAUUUACAUAAGAAUUCAGACCCUUUACUCAGUACUUUGUUGAGCACCUUUGGCAAUGAUUUGGCAGCGAUUACAGCCUCGAGUCUUCUAGGGUAUGAAGCUACAAGCUUGGGGAGUUUCUCCCAUUCUUCUCUGCAGACCCUCUCAAGCUCUGUCAGGUUGGAUGGGGAGCGUCACUGCUCAGCUAUUUUCAGGUCUCUCCAGAGAAGUUUGUUCGGGUUCAAGUCCGGGCUCUGGCUGGGCAACUCAAGGACAUUCAGAGACUUGUCCCGAAGCCACUCCUGCAUUAUCUUGGCUGUGUGAUUAGGGUCAUUGUCUUGUUGGAAGGUGAACCUUCGACCCAGUCUGAGGUCCUGAGCAAUCUGGAGCAGGUUUUCAUCAAGGAUCUCUCUGUACUUUGUUCCAUUCAUCUUUCCCUUGAUCCUGACUAGUCUCCCAGUCCCUGCUGCUGGAAAACUUCCCCACAGAAUGAUGCUGCCAGCACCAUGCUUCACCUUAGGGAUGGUGCCAGGUUUCCUCCAGACGUGACGCUUGGCAUUCAGGCCAAAGAGUUCAAUCUUGGUUUCAUCAGACCACAGAAUCUUGUUUCUCAUGGUCUGAGAGUACUUUAGAUGCCUUUUGGCAAACUCCAAGCGGGCUGUCAUGUGUCUUUUACUGAGAAGUGGCUUUUGUCUUGCCACUCUACCAUAAAGGCCUGAAGGUUCUUCCUUCUGGAAGGUUCUCCCAUCUCCACAGAGGAACUCUGGAACUCUGUCAGAGUGACCAUCAGGUUCUUGGUCACAUCCCUGACCAAGGCCCUUCUCCCCCGAUUGCUCGGUUUGGCCGGGUGGCCAGCUCUAGGAGAAGUCUUGGUGGGUCCAAACUUCUUCAAUUUAAUAAUGAUGGAGGCCACUGUGUUCUUGGGGACCUUCAAUGCUGCAGACAUGUUUUGGUACCCUUCCCCAGAUCUGUGGCUCGAAACAGUCCUGUCUUCGAGCUCUACGGACAAUUCUUUUGACCUCAUGGCUUGGUUUUUGCUCUGACAUGCACUAUCAACUGUGGGACUUUAUAUGGACAGGUGUGUGCCUUUCCAAAUCAUGUCCAAUCAAUUGAAUUUACCACAGGUGGAGUCCAAUCAAGUUGUAGAAACAUCAAGGAUGAUCAAUGGAAACAGGAUGCACCUGAGCUCAAUUUCGAGUCUCAUAGCAACGGGUUUGAAUACUUAUGUAAAUUUUUAAAUACAUUUGCAAAAAAAAACUUUUGUUCACUGUCAUUAUGGGGUAUUGUGUGUAGACUGAUGAGUACAUUUCUUUUUUAAAUCCAUUUUAGAAUAAGGCUGUGACGUAACAAAAUGUAGAAAAUAUCAAGGAGUCUGAAUACUUUCCGAAUGCACUGGAGUUGCUUACCAAGACGAUAUUAAAUGUUUCUGAGUAGCCUAGUUAAAGUUUUGACUUAAAUGGACAUGAAAAUCUAUGGCAAGACUUGAAAAUGACUGGCUAGCAAUGAUCAACACCCAACUUGAUAGAUCUUUAAGAAUAACAUUAAAUAACUGUGCAAAUAUUGUACAAUCCAGGUGUGCAAAGCUCUUAAAGACUUACCCAAUUAGACUCACAGCUGUAAUCACUACCAAAGGUGAUUCUAACAUUUAUUGACACAUGGGUUGAAUAGCUAUGUAAUCAAGAGAUUAGUAUUUUAUUUUUCAUAACAUUUAACAGUUGUUAAAUGUUAGAAACAGAAAAAGAUAGACAGAAUUAGGAUUACAGAUCAUACAGUCUCAUUAAAAGUUAGAAUGCAGCAUGUGUUGAUUGGAUAACUAUUUGAUCUACUGUAUGUUGGAGGUAGCUACAUCAUCAUCUUGACACUGGCAGCCAGUGGGAACAAGCUAUGAGCUUGCUAGAUGUUGUAUACAGACAACACUGACACUCAAUAUAUUUUGUUCAAUUCUCAGCCAUAUUCACAAUUUCCUUCAAUGUUUUAAAUUGGUAUAUUUUACUGUUAGCUGAUGACAUACAAUUGAAGUCGGAAGUUUACAUGCACCUUAGCCAAAGACAUUUAAACUCAGUUUUUCACAAUUACUGACAUUUAAUCCUAGUAAAAGGGCAGAAAUUUGACUAACUAAACUGUUGGAAAGGUGGCAUCCUAUGACGGUGUCAAGUUGAAAGUCACUAAGCUCUUCAGUAAGGCCAUUCUUCUGCCAAUGUUUGUCUAUGUAGAUUGUAUGGCUGUGUACUCAAUUUUAUACACCUGUCAGCAACGGGUGUAGCUGAAAUAGCCAAAUCGACUAAUUUGAAGUGUUGUCCACAUACACUAUAUAUACAAAAGUAUGUUUCUCUUAUGUCAAAUCUGUCAACAGCUAAAACUGUUUUUAAAAGUGCUAUAUACCAAAUCUAACACAAGAACGUUGGAUUUUAUACAUAUUGGAGCACUGUCAACAACACAGAUUCCUCUACCCCUUCCUACUCCCUCAAACUUUCAGUAGUAAAUAUCAUGCAUGUUGAAGUUCAGAUUUUUUUUAUUGCAGUUUGACACAUUCAACGAAACAAUUUCCAUCUGCAACAACCAAAUGACUCAGAAGUCUCACAACCUAUAACACUACCUCUCAGGUUUCCAAAUAAUGUGUAGGCUUUUUUCCACAGCAAGUUAUAGUGUAACGUGUAACUUAGGUGUUUUGAUGAACUACACUUGUGUGAUUUGUAAGAAAGACAAUGUAUGUUUAUUGUCAUGUGCUACACUUGACAGGAUUUCAAUUGUUGCGCAACUCAUUUUUUUUUAAAGAUAAAUGUUACAUUUUUCAAACCCAAAUGAACAAUACAAUAGACAGACACACAAACAUCGAGGACAUCACACAUGCUCAGACCGACGUGUUCCCACUGCUUCAAUUUCCAGUGCUUGUAAGACUCUAUACCAGUGGUCAACAACCGGUCGAUUGCGAUCAACUGGUCAAUCUCCAAGGCAUUCCUAAUCGAUCGCCAAACAUUUCUGUAAAAAAAACAACUAUAAAGCCUUGUUUCUAUUUUGUUUUAUUCGUCUCGGGCUGUGAAGGUACAAACUCUGCCUUCCCAGCGGGCCCAGAGAGCAAAUCAAGUGCCCAAUAGGCCUACCACUGGCCAAUCGGAUGGCUCAAAUUACUGUGUUGGCAGUAACGUAGGAGGCAUAAAAGAAAGCUACAGCAAAGUUGAUACUGUGAGAUUUCAAAACAUUUAAAACCAUGACUAUAUCAGAAAGCCUGCCAUAUCAGUUCUGUUAUACUCACAUUAUUUUAACAGUUUUGGAAACUUUAGAGCGCUUUCUAUCCAAAUCUACUAUAUCUAUUAUAUGCAUAUCCUGGGCCUGAGAAACAGGCAGUUUACUUUGGGAAUGCUUCUCAUCCAGACGUCAAAAUAUACUGCCCGCAAGCCACAAGAAGAAAUGUUUUUCAACAGAAUCCACGGAAUGAAUACACCCCCGAACAUGCAUAAACAGAGUUCACUCUCAUAACAGCCACGUGGUAUUCCUUCUAUUCCCUUCGCUUGUGGACUUCAAUGCUAAACUAGCUAGCUGCAUUUGCUAGCUAAGUAAGUGAAACUAAGUGAAUUUUUGACAUUUUUUGGAAAAAAUAAAAAAUUCAAAACUGUUCAA